AUGUCAUCUAUCUCUGUCAAUGGUCAUGCUUCCAAACAAGAGGUCAAAGCUGGUGAACCCAAGUACACAACACAAGAUGUCAUGAAAUUGGAACAUGAAUAUUCUGCACAUAAUUACCACCCUCUACCUGUAUGUUUUGAGAGAGGACUUGGUGCUCAUGUUUGGGAUCCGGAGGGGAAUGAAUACCUCGAUUUCCUAAGUGCAUAUUCUGCUGUCAAUCAAGGUCAUUGUCAUCCUCGUAUCCUCUCCACUCUUAUUUCUCAAGCUUCCAAAAUGACUCUCUCCUCUAGAGCUUUUUACUCAUCAAACUUGGGUCCCUUCGCAGAGAAAAUCACAAAUAUGUUCGGAUACGAAAUGGUUUUACCUAUGAAUACCGGAGCAGAAGCUGUCGAAACGGCCAUCAAGCUCGCUCGGAAGUGGGGUUACGUCCGGAAAGGUAUACCGGACGGUAGGGCGAAAGUAUUGAGUGUAGAGGGGAAUUUUCACGGGAGGACAAUAGGGAUCAUCAGUAUGAGUACGGAUCCUGAAAGUAGGGAUGGUUUUGGACCGUUUUUAGAAAAUGUCGGACCCAGAUGGAACGAGGGUGUGAUUAGGUAUAAUCAUCCGGAAGAUCUGGAGAUGGUUUUGGAGAAAUAUGGGGAAGAGGUGGCGGCUUUCUUGGUUGAGCCCAUACAGGGUGAAGCUGGCAUCUACGUGCCAGAUGAUGGAUACCUUGCUAAAUGUGCGGAAAUAUGUAAACGUCAUAAUGUGCUUUUGAUCUGUGACGAGAUACAAACUGGUUUAUGUAGGACAGGCAAGAUGUUGUGUUAUGAGUGGGACGAUAUCAAACCGGAUAUGGUGAUUCUUGGUAAAGCUUUGUCUGGAGGGAUGUACCCUGUUUCUUGCGUUUUAGCGAAUAAAGAUAUCAUGUUGUGUAUCAAGCCAGGAGAACAUGGAUCGACUUAUGGAGGAAACCCUUUGGGUUGCGCUAUAGCCAUGACCGCCCUCGACGUGUUGGUAGAUGAACAAUUAGCCGAGAGAUCGCUCCGUCUAGGAGAAAUCUUCCGUCAAGGUCUUCGAGACCUCGAAUCGCCAAUGAUCAAGGUCAUUCGAGGGAGAGGUUUAUUCAACGGUGUGGUCAUUGAUGAAACGGCGUCGAAGAAAGGUCGGACGGCAUGGCAAUUAUGUUUAUUGAUGAAAAGUAAAGGUUUAUUGGCUAAACCUACUCAUGUAAACAUAAUCCGAUUCGCCCCUCCGCUCGUGAUAAGCGAAGAAGACAUCAAUCGAGCUGUUGGGAUAAUCGGUGAGAGCUUGUCUGAAUUAGACAAGCUCGAGCACAUCCCUGGAGAUGAGAAUGAGGAUCAUGAUACAAAGAUUGAGUUGGAGGAUUGA